AUGGCCGACCUGCCUCCCCUCUCGACGACCGACACGCGCGCUUCCCUCGCCUCCAUGCACGAAAUCGACCCCUCGCCCGUCGACGAGGAAGACCCGUCUACCUCGUCGUCAGAUCCCACCAACGCCACGGGCCCGUCCUCCACGACGGACCCGUCGUCAGCCCCCUACCACGGCACAACAAACAUCCUGGGCCUGACGCCCACGCGAACCCUCCACCUCCUCACCUCGGUGCAGAAAUAUUCCGUUGCCCCCUUGGGAAUCUACCUCGCGAUGCACUACACCAACACGGCGCUGCUCCCGCUCGUCACCCCCUCCGUGCGCGCGGCGGACAAGUACCUCCUCCUCACACGGCCGUUCUACCAAACCCCGCCUCUCGAACCCCUGCUGAUCUUCCUCCCCGUGCUCACGCACGUCGUCUCGGGCGUGGCCCUGCGCGUCUACCGCCGCCGGAUCACCGCCCGCCGCCACGGCGCCGAGACGCGCAAGCAACGCCGCGAAAUCGCCUGGCCGAAACUCAGCCUCACCUCCCUGGCCGGGUAUUCGCUGUACCCGAUGUUCGUGCUGCACGUGCUGAGCAUGCGUGUGACGCCGCGGCGCGUGGACGGCAGUUCCGCGUCCGUGGGCCUGCGGUACUUUGCGCACGGCAUCUCGGCGCAUCCGGGCCUCGGCCUCGCGGCGCAUGCGGUGUUGAUCUGUACGGCGAGUUACCAUUUCGUGAGCGGGGCGGCGAGGUUCAUGAGGCUGAGCAGUGAGUAUGUCGUCGGGGGUGGAGAGGAUGGGCGGGUCAAGAGGAAAUGGCGGGGGAGGAUCAUCAAUGGCGUUGCGGCGCUGAUGGCCGGCAUUUGGAUCGCAGGAGGACUGGGCGUCGUGGGUACGAGUGGACCGGGCGUUGGCUGGGAGGCCAGUCACUGGAACGCCAUAUAUAAAGAGGUGCCGCUUGUGGGGAGGUUGUUCUAA